CCACUACGAGAGGAUUAACCUGUCGCUUUAAAAGAAAAAAAAAGAAAGCCACCGAGUGACCUUCCUUAGGAACGGGUUGCUAAGUGGGUGUUUUUGCCGGAGACUGGCUGCAGCUUCCCAGGGAGCCGCCCGGGACCGCCCCUACGCUCAGCCUCUUCCUUCAGACCCUUAGAAGAUCCACAGUAAGAAGGGCCUCCUCCACUUCCCUCCAUCCCAGAGAGCAAGCGGAACCUGGCAAGUGCUUGUAAAGUUUCUUCAGGCAGGAGCCAUCACAGCAGAAUGGAUCCCAAGGAAGAAAAAGUGAAAAUAAUUACAGAGGAGUUCAUUGAAAAUUAUGAGGAUGCAAAUGUAGGAAGAAAGAAGAAGACUUCAAAGACUCAGAGACAAAAAGGAAAGAAACAGCUACGCACUGCUGGCCCCGAGGAGAUGGUGUCCGGAAAGCCCCAUGGUGGCAGCCAGCAGGAGCCUGCGCAGGAGGAUCAGGACCCCGACACCCACCUUCUGAGCAUGCCCACCCAACGAGGCCCGCGGAGCUUGCCUCCUCUUCCUUCAGCUUCUAGAACGGGCUUUGCAGAAUUUUCCAUGAGGGAGCGCAUGAGGGAGAAAUUAAAAGCUGCGAGGUCCAAAGCAGAAAGUGCGUUGCUCCAGGAAAUUCCCACCCCUCGGCCCAGGCGCUUACGAAGCCCCAGUGAGAAAGAACUGGAGACUGAAUUUGGUGUGGAGCCAGGGAGAGAGACCCAAAGGACUGUACAAGAUGAUGACUCCCAAAGUUAUUCAAGAGUCAAGUUCCGUGACUGUGUCCGAAAAAUCAAGUCUAAACCUCCGCUUCCGCCUGGCUUCCCUUCUGCCGAAGAAGCCUAUAACUUCUUCACCUUCACCUUUGAUCCCGAACCAGAGGAACUGGAGGAAAAACCAAAAGCAAAACAUAGAGAGGGAGCCAAUCAAGAGGAGGUGGAAGGAGAGGAGGAAGGGCCACCUGUUCAAGGAGUAAACAAAACGGAUGAGGAAGAGCUGCUUGCUGGCAGAGAUGCUGAGCACUUCCUAUUGGGCUCACAUCACGGGGCUGAAGAUUUCGUGGCGGUGAGACCUGCCUAUUAUGAAAGCGUCCACAUUCGGCUGCAGAAGGAGAAAGAACUCCUGUUCAUACCCAGUAGGCUGACAGUGCCCACAUAUAAGAAGCUUCCUGAGAACGUGCAGCCCAGGUUCCUGGAGGACGAAGGACUAUACAUUGGAACCAGGCCCGAGGUGCCGCGGGCCACGCAGAAUAUCAUGGAGAACAGGCUGCUGGUGCAGGAGUCCGACAGAAGGUGGUUCGGAGAUGACGGCAGAAUCCUAGCCCUGCCAAACCCCAUCAGGCCUUCCCCUUCCCGGCCGCCAGCCUUGACCCAGGAGCAAGACAUUCAUGCAGAGCUGGAAACGCUGUAUAAGAAGGCGGUCAGAUAUGUGCAGAAAACUCAACAUAUGAUUGGAUCUGGAGACCUUCCUGAAAAUUUCCAAUUGGACAUUGAUAUUUCAGGGUUAAUCUUUACUCAUCAUCCCUGUUUUAGCCGAGAGCAUGUUUUGGCAGCCAAGCUGGCCCAGUUAUAUGACCAGUACCUUGCAAGACGCCAGAGAAACAAGGCACAAUUUCUUACUGAUAAGCUCCAAGCUUUAAGAAAUGCUGUUCAGAUGGGCCUUGAUCCAGCAAAAUCUCAUAAGUCUGUUGAUAUAACCCCCAAAGCCAUCAAUGAGUAUAAAUCUGAAAUUCGGCAAACAAGAAAACUCCGUGAUGCUGAACAAGAAACAGAUCGAACAUUGCUUAAGACCAUCAUAAAAGUCUGGAAAGAAAUGAAGUCCCUGCGAGAGUUCCAGAGGUUUACAAACACGCCCUUGAAACUUGUUUUGAGAAAGGAAAAAGUGGACCAGAAAGCAGACGAAGAAGCAUAUGAAGCAGAAAUUCAAGCUGAAAUAAGCGAAUUGUUGGAAGAACACUCGGAAGAGUACGAGCAGAAGAUGGAAGAAUACAGAACUGAGUAUCAGCAGUGGAAAGCCUGGAGGAAAGCCCAGAGGGCCAAGAAAAAGAAAAAGAAACAAGCAGCCGAAGAACACCCUGAUGAGGAGGUGGAGGAGCCAUCCCCUGGGGAAGGUCCCGUGAAACCCAUCCCCCCGGAGCCCACCCAGCGGGCAGUGCUGGAGCAGCAGGUGCGGGAGAGAGCAGCCCGGAGCAGGAGGAGGCCUGGGGAACCCACACUGGUCCCAGAGCUGAGCCUGGCCGGGAGUGUGACACCCAAUGACCAGUGUCCCAGGGCGGAGGUCUUACGAAGGGAAGAUGUCAAGAGGCGCUCGGUGUAUUUAAAGGUGAUCUUCAACGGCAAGGAGGUGUCCAGGACUGAAGGGCGGCCACUCGGGGCAGACUUCCGAGUUCACUUUGGACAGAUUUUCAGUUUGCAAAUAGUCAACUGGCCAGAGAGUUUAACGCUGCAGGUCUAUGAAACAGUGGGGCACAGUGGCACCACCUUGCUAGCAGAAGUGUUUCUGCCUAUUCCUGAAACCACCAUUGUCACCGGGAGGGCUCCCAUCGAAGAAGUGGAGUUCAGCAGUAACCAGCAUGUGGCCCUGGACCACGAGGGAGUUGGAAGUGGCGUGCCCUUGUCAUUUGAAGCUGACGGCAGUAAUCAGCUGAUCCUGAUGACCUCGGGGAAAGUGUCCCACAGUGUGGCCUGGGCCGUUGGAGAGAAUGGGACACCUUUAAUCCCUCCACUGUCACAGCAGAACACUGGAUUCAGGAGCGCUUUGAAAAGAGCGGAUGCCAUCUCAUCCAUUGGCACCUCAGGACUGACGGACAUGAAAAAGUUGGCCAAGUGGGCAGCAGAGUCCAAGCUGGAUCCGAAUGACCCCAACAAUGCCCCUCUGAUGCAGCUGAUCUCGGUUGCUACCAGUGGCGAAUCCUACGUCCCCGAAUUCUUUCGCCUGGAACAGCUGCAGCGGGAAUUUAACUUCGUUUCAGAUGAGGAACUGAAUAGAACCAAACGAUUCAGGCUCCUGUGUCUCAGAAGCCAAGAGGUGCCAGAAUUCCGAAAUUAUAAGCCAAUCCCAGCAUAUGACCGAGAAAUCAUGGAAAAGGUAUUCCAGGACUAUGAGAAGCGGUUACGAGACAGGAAUGUCAUUGAGACCAAGGGCCACAUAGAUAGCCACCGGGCGGUAGUAGCCAAGUACCUCCAGCAGGUUAGGGAAUCUGUGUUAAAUCGUUUCCUAAUUGCAAAACACCAUUUUCUUCUUACGGAUUUGAUAGUUGAAGAAGAAGUUCCCAAUAUCAGUUCUGAAGGCUCGGGCAUUUUGGGCCUAAGCCUUUUCAAGCUGGCAGAACAAAAGCGACCCCUGAGGCCCAGGAGAAAAGGUCGGAAGAAGGUGACAGCCCAAAACCUGUCCGAUGGAGACAUAAAGCUGCUGGUGAACAUCAUCCGGGCCUAUGACAUUCCUGUGAGGAGACCAACCACAAGCAAAUUCCAGCAGCCAUCAAGGUCUUCAAGAACUUUCAGGGAAAGGCACGCUGCUUCCCCAACCACACACAGCCCAACCCACAGUGCCGACUACCCCCUUGGCCAGGUUUUAGUACGUCCUUUUGUAGAAGUCUCUUUUCAACGAACAAUUUGCCAUACCACGACGGCCGAAGGACCAAACCCCAGCUGGAACGAAGAACUUGAACUUCCGUUUAGGGCCCCCAAUGGGGACUACAGCACGACCAGCUUGCAGUCAGUGAAAGACGACGUGUUCAUUAACAUUUUUGAUGAAGUGCUGUUCGAUGUCUUAGAGGAUGACCGGGAAAGAGGAAGUGGAAUCCACACGCGUAUUGAGAGACACUGGUUGGGAUGUGUGAAAAUUCCAUUUAGCACAAUAUAUUGCCAAGCAAGGAUCGAUGGAACAUUUAAAAUAGACAUCCCCCCUGUUCUCCUGGGCUACAGUAAGGAGCGGAGCGUGAUCACCGAGCGGGGCUUUGACUCUGUCCGCAGCCUCAGCGAAGGCUCCUACAUCACCCUGUUCAUCACCAUCGAGCCUCAGCUGGUUCCCGGGGAGUCGGUGCGAGAAAAGAUGAGUGAGAUGCUGAAAAAGUUUGAUUCUCAGGAAGAUGAGAAAUUGCUCCAAGCAACAGAGAAGUUUCACGCUGAAUGCGCCUUAAAGUUCCCAAAUCGGCAGUGCCUUACCACAGUGAUUGACAUAAGUGGGAAGACGGUUUUUGUUACUCGUUAUCUCAAGCCUUUAAACCCUCCUCAAGAGCUUCUUGAUGCUUAUCCCAAUGACCCACAGGCCACCGCAGAACUGGUGGCUCGGUACGUGUCACUGAUUCCCUUCCUGCCGGACGCUGUUUCGUUUGCGGGCAUCUGUGACCUGUGGAGCACGUCUGAUCAAUUCCUGGAUCUCCUGGCAGGAGAUGAAGAAGAACAUGCAGUAUUACUAUGCAACUAUUUUCUCUCCCUGGGGAAAAAGGCCUGGCUCAUGAUGGGCAAUGCCAUUCCCGAGAUUUGGUUUAAUAUUCAACGAUAUGAUUCCCCACUAAGGGUAAAUUUUGAUGUCACCAAGCCCAAGCUAUGGAAAUCUUUCUUUUCAAGAAGUCUUCCAUACCCUGGCCUUUCCAGUGUUCAGCCGGAAGAGCUUGUUUACCAGCGCACUGACAAGGCGGCCGCAGCUGAGCUACAGGACAGGAUUGAAAAAAUACUAAAAGAAAAAGUCAUGGACUGGAGGCCACGGCACCUGACGCGGUGGAACAGGUACUGCACAUCCACGCUGCGCCACUUCCUGCCUCUGUUGGAAAGCAGCCGAGGGGAGGAAGUAGAAGAGGACCACAGAGCAGAGCUGCUGAGACAGCUGGGGGACUACAGGUUCUCCGGAUUUCCCCUUCACAUGCCCUAUUCUGAACUGAAGCCUUUAAUUGAAGCUGUGUAUAGCACUGGCGUGCAUAAUAUUGAUGUUCCUAAUGUUGAAUUUGCUUUAGCUGUAUAUAUCCACCCAUAUCCCAAAAAUGUUUUGUCUGUUUGGAUCUAUGUUGCCUCCCUUAUACGUAACAGGUAAUUUUUUCAUUGUAUACUUUUUAUAUCAUGUAAAACUGUAACUAGGAUAUGAGAAUAUUUUUAACUGAUAUUGUUCAAUCACAUCAGAAGAAAAUAUAAUUUGCAAAUGAAAUAAAAAUUUUAAACUGUACCCCAAAAAAAGUGUUAUUCAUUAGUCAGCCUUGUCUCUGCCACUUUGACGCUAAAUUCAGAACUAUCACUGUAGGGAGUGGCUAUAGAGUUAAGCCUCGG